CUUCCUGCGCCAUCGAAUCUACACGCGCGGAUAAAACGCCCGCACGCGCGCGCAUCGCUACCACAAGCCCGCCGGAGACCGUCCGUCAGCUGGUCGCCAACUUUUGCCUUUCCUCCACCAUCAUCACCACCCACCUCGCCUCCCCUUUCCACUCCCUCCGCCGCCGCUAGCCUUUUCGCUUCCCAUCUUCCACCCACCCAUCAUCGUUAUCAGAUGGGCCAUCUUUUCCUGCUCCUGCUGGCCCUCCUCCUCGCUUCCACCCGCGCCGCCUUCCACGCCAGCGCCGCCGCCUUCGCCGAGGAGAAGGGCAUUGCGGGGAUCAGGGGCGUGAUAGGGUCGAGGCCGCCGAGCUGCGCGGGGAGGUGCAGGUCCUGCGGGCACUGCGAGGCCGUGCAGGUGCCCAUUUCCCCGCAGGAGCUGCAGAAGAGGAAGAGGAAGGAGAAAGAGCUUGGGCGCCAUGGCGGCCGUGCCGCUGCAUCCGGCGGUGGUGGUGGGAGAGCGAUGCCUUCCUCCUACGACGACCACUCCAACUACAAGCCGUUGAGCUGGAGGUGCAAGUGCCGGCGCUUCAUACCCAGCCCAUGAGAAUGCACCAUACAGUUCUAGAUUCUCCUCUAAAAUAGUACAUCCAUCUUUUGGGGUUCUCUCGGUGGAUCUUGCUAGCUUGACUUUCUUGGUAGACGAUCCUUUUGUCCCAUUGUCUGGUUGGUCGAUGUUUGUGUCCCCGGGAUGAUGAUGAUGAAAUCUUGAGGAACUCGGCGUCCUUGGUUGCUGCCCCGUUCUUGUUCCAAGGUGUACGUAGAGGACUAAUCAGUCCCUAACAGUCCAAUUCGUUUUUGUAGUAAAGGUUCCCAACGAGUUGGCCGGUUUGCCGUACGUGUUGAUCAUGCAAUGCAAUGCAGGGGUUUGCCUA